AUGUCGGCAAAAACGAAGCCAGGACCCGCAAAGAGGCAGCGGCGGCAGCGCACGGUGUUCAACAAAGAACAGUUACGUGAGCUCGAGGAACACUUUGUAAACAACCAGUACCCGAGCUACCGGGCCCGCGAGGACCUGGCGGCCAGGCUCAACCUGGAGGAGUUCCAAGUGCAGGUGUGGUUCAAGAACCGCCGGGCCAAAAAGGCUCGGCUGAAGCGAUUGACCCAGGGGCCUGGCCAGGGUCCCCGCAGCGCUUCCACUGACGGCGGAGUCCCCGACGCCCUCGCUCCCGGGACUGCCUCCAUCCCUGCCGCCGCGGCUGCAGGCUCUGCGCCCCCAGAGGGCCCGGGGUUCCACAGCCCCUCUCCGCCCAGCCCCGCCGGCAUGCUCAGCACACCAGCGCCCGGAGGCGUCCCCAGCCAAGGCCAGGCCAGCUGCGCCCCGGUGCAGGGCGCCCAGAACGGCUUCCCUACGGCAGCUCCAGCCUCGACUGCAGGUCCAACUUCAGCCCCGACUCCAGACUGGGUUCAGGAUCCCUGCGCCGCCUCGGACUCCUGGCCAGACUCUGUUGUCAUCUUUGAUUUCGCAGACCUCUUCCCUCUCCAAGAACCCUCUCACGAACCUCCCUCCAUCUUGUUCUCGGAGUACCAAAAGGGAGAUGAGUCUGCGGAUGCGAACGACUCUAGCCCCCGGCAGUGUCUGAGUUUAUAG